UAUCAAACAGUGUCGAUAGCCGCCGAGGAUCCGGACUCAGCUCUUCACGCCCAACGAAAUUAGCAAUAUACGCUUCCGAUUACUCGUUUCGAGAGCAAGAAAACCAACCCUUCACAGAACACAGAUCGAUCACAAAGCAACGAUUACAAACCCUAAAUUAUACGUAUAUACACGCAUAUAUAUACACCGUAUCUUCAAAUUUCUGCGAAGGAAGAAAAGUAUCAGACGACGAGGGCGACAUCGACAGAAUGACGGAGGACAAUUGUUCUAGGGUUUCGUCUGCCGAAUCCAUGGCCGCCGCCGAAUCAUCAACAACUAAGCAGAGGAGAAAGAGAAAGUGGGAUCAGCCUGCUGAAUCCUUGAUUACAGCUGGAGUAGCAGUAUCUGGGAUUCUUCCAUCGAGCAACAUUGGAUCCCUUGCUGCGAUUAAUCUUCCAGGUGCUUCUUCAGCUUCUGGAGCUCUUUUGGCAAAUCCUCUUACGACUAGCCCUGCAACUAUAUUACAGGUGUUUCAGGCUCCCUUAAUACAGCCACAUGCCACUGUGGUGGUCCAAAAGAUAAAUCAACAAAAAAUUCAAGAUGAGUUGAUAGCUCGAGAAAUUGUCAUUAAUGAUGCUGAUUCUGCUGUUCGCUACAAACUCACAAAACGUCAGACCCAGGAAGAGAUCCAAAAGUGCACUGGGGCCGUAGUAAUAACAAGGGGCAAAUAUCGUCCUCCAAACGCAGCCCCUGAUGGUGAAAAGCCACUCUAUCUUCACAUUUCUGCUGGUGCACAUUUGGAGACGACAGUGGAACGGAUAAAAUCUGUUGAUCUUGCAGCUGCCAUGGUUGAAGAGGUGCUGAAGCAAGGUUCUGUCAACAAUGUUGGAACGGUUACUAAUCAUCUGAGCACAUGUGUGUAUCUGGGUUUUGAAGCAGACCCAUCCUUGAACAUCGCUGCUCGUAUUCGUGGGCCAAAUGACCAGUAUGUAAAUCACAUUAUGAAUGAAACAGGAGCAACUGUCUUACUAAGAGGACGUGGUUCAGGAAAUUCUGAAAGUGCAUUUGGCGAAGAAGGAAAGCAGCCACUGCAUUUAUACUUGUCGAGUAACAAUCCAAAAAGUAUUGAAAGUGCAAAGCUUUUGGCUGAAAAUCUUUUGGAUACAAUCAGCAUAGAGUGCUGUGCCUCUAGGGUCUCAUCAAGCAAGGUGUAUGGUGCUGUUCCACCACCACAUCAGUUGCUGAAUGGAGUUCAGAGUUCUGGGAAUGAGGUGGAGGCAAAUAAUAGUUCAGCUGCCAGUUUGACAUCAGUACCUGUGAACUCUGUAGCAAUUCCACCAAUUUCCUCAGCUACACAUCCUGGCAUCACCACUACCCUUCUUCAGGGGACUUUGUCACAAUCCAUAGGACUGAGCUGUGGGCAUUCUCAACCAAACAUAGUUUGCCAUCCCAAGCCUUCGUUAACUGGUGGAACGAGCUAUAGUGGAUAUGGUGGGAUAUAUCCUCAAGCCACCCCUUUGCAGCAAGUUGCCUUAGCCCUUAGACAGUCACCUUCUCUUGUCAAUUCAACAGUUGCUCCUGCAACAACAGCAGCAAGCACAGCAGCGAAUUCUAGCGAGACCUUGUCUUAUGAGGAGAAACGGCGUCUGCAGAAACGAAAGUUUCAGGAGUUACCAGUUGCUUCGAAGGGGCAUGCAAACCCCCAUCAGGUAUUUUCUCUGACCUUGUAUGAAGCUAACAGGCUGAUACUGGACCUCUGUUGGACCGUUUCUAUGUUUCACAGGGAUUUCUAUUAUGAAGGUGGCAUGGGAUUGGUGCAUGCUGCUCCAAUGCUUUGAUCCAGAACUGAUUCCAGAAUUUUUGCUGCUUGAUUUUAAACUGCUUCUGUGGCAUGAAUUCCAAGCACACGUAUUCAUAUUACGAUUCAUGUUCAUAUGGGAUCUGAGAUGAAUUUUUACAUAUUGGUUGUUAGGCUAGUACAUAACGCACAACCCUCCUUAGCAGGGCUUGGGACUAAAAGAUUAAAUUCUAGCACGACAUAGGCGGAGUUAAACCACACACCUGCACCAUUUUUAAUUUUUUUUUUAACAAUAGCAGAUUUUGGAAAUGAAGACAUGUUUUGUUAGUACAACAGCCAUGUCUGUAUCUGUCUUGCCCUUGUUCCACAACUUGACGUGGAAGUAAAAAUACUGUUUCUGCAUCUGGGCCUAUUAUUGCUAGAUCACUCUAUAUCAACAAUUGGUGGUGAACUUGAUGAAUGUACCUAGACCAACACUUAAACGUGUAUGGACUACGUCAGCUCAAGUUUGCACCUAUUGAAAUACCCUUCUAUUUAUUUCCAUUAACAUCUGAUUACCUUCCAUUCAUCUCACGUGUUAGUUGCCACUUUUUUGUAUCUUACUUUGCUGCUGCCUUCUUCUUCUUCCUUUUUUUUUUUUUUUUUUUUUUCAUUUUUGGUAAUUGGAUUUAUUCUAUCUUUAUUCUACCUUUACUGAGGAAUCAGGUUGGAUUCUUUUCUCAUAACUCAUUACAGGGUUCAAAAUUUCAGAAGGCAGG